GCUAUUUCCGCAGCAGUUGGGGAGCUCUUUUUCGGGCUGCCGCUAUCAAUGAAAAAGGUGUUCGUCUGCUGAAAAUACGCGCUUAUACACAUAUAACACACCUAGAACCGUUUCUUAGGAGUAUGCCAAGCGCUCGAUGAGGAGUCGCGGUGACGAUGGCUGCGGUGUCGUGGAAGGAAACGUGUCUGCUCGCCGCGCUGGUGCUGGGCUGCUACUGGAACAGCCUGCUGUGCGGCUUCGUGUUCGAUGACGUCUCGGCCAUCCUGGAUAACAAGGACCUUCGUCCGUCGACGGCGAUUCAGAACCUGUUCCGUAAUGACUUUUGGGGGACUCCCAUGUCUGAGGAGCGGAGCCAUAAGUCUUACCGUCCGCUCACCGUCCUCACCUUCCGCCUGAACUACCUGCUGACGGAGCUGAGCCCGGCGUCCUACCACCUGUUCAACGUGGUUCUCCACGUGGCCGUGUGCGUCCUGUUCCUGCGCUUCUGCCGCCUGCUGAUGGACCGUACCACCAGCCUGGUGGCCACGCUGCUGUUCGCCGUCCACCCGAUCCACACCGAGGCCGUGACGGGAGUCGUGGGGCGAGCCGAGCUGCUGUCCUCCAUCUUUCUUCUGGCGGCCUUCUUGGCGUACACCAAAUCGAAAGGCGCGGAUCGCUCCAUCGUGUGGACCCCCAUCGUUCUGACGGUGUUCCUCGUGGCUGUUGCGACUCUGUGUAAGGAGCAGGGAAUCACCGUGAUCGGGAUAUGCUGCGUCUACGAAGUGUUCGUAGCCCAAGGGUUCACUUUACCCCUGCUGUUCGAGACGACGCUGCAGGUGUUGCGAGGGAAGGACCUUUUUCCAUAUUCGGUCCUGCAGACCUUGCUGAAGCUGAUGGUGCUGGUCAUCAGCACGCUGCUGCUGGUUAUAGUGCGAGUGCAGGUCAUCCAGUCACAGCUGCCCGUUUUUACCAGGUUCGAUAACCCGGCGGCCGUCAGCUCCACGCCAGCCCGGCAGCUCACCUUCAACUACCUGCUGCCCGUCAACGGCUGGCUCCUGCUUAACCCGUCCGAGCUGUGCUGCGACUGGACCAUGGGCACCAUUCCUCUGGUGGAAUCUGUACUGGACCCACGCAAUCUGGCAACCCUGGUCUUCUACGUGCUGCUGGGCCUCCUGACCUAUCACAGCGUGCGACAUGCACACAGCUCCGCCAAGACCGUCCUCAUGGCCCUGUCUCUGAUCGUUCUGCCGUUCAUCCCAGCGUCCAAUCUGUUCUUCCCCGUGGGCUUCGUGGUGGCCGAGCGUGUGCUCUACGUCCCCAGCAUGGGCUUCUGCGUCCUGGUGGCUCACGGAUUCAAGAGCUUGGCGUUACGAGGGGCUCUGAAGAAAGUCUCCUGGCUGUUGAUGGGUGUCCUCCUAACCACGCAUGCCGUGAAGACGUUCUACAGGACGUGGGACUGGGAGUCGGAGUACACCCUGUUCACCUCUGCCUUAAAAGUGAACAAGAACAAUGCCAAGCUGUGGAACAACGUCGGCCACGCUUUGGAGAACCAGAACGAUUAUGAGCGAGCGCUCAGAUAUUUCCUCCAGGCUACAAGAGUACAACCAGACGACAUCGGCGCGCAUAUGAACGUCGGGAGGACGUACAAGAACCUCAAUCGAUCCAAGGAGGCCGAAGAGGCGUACAUGGUGGCAAAAUCUCUUAUGCCACAGGUCAUUCCAGGGAAGAAGUACGCCACCCGUGUGGCCCCCAACCACCUGAAUGUUUACAUCAACCUGGCGAACCUGAUCCGAGCCAACGACUCGCGGCUGGAGGAAGCGGACCAGCUGUACAGGCAGGCCAUCAGCAUGAGGCCCGACUUCAAACAAGCCUACAUCAGCAGAGGUGAGCUCCUGCUGAAGAUGAACAAGCCCGGGGAGGCGAAGGACGCCUACCUGCGGGCGCUGGAGUUGGACCGCACCAACGCCGAUCUGUGGUACAACCUCGCCAUCGUGAACAUCGAGAUGAAGGAUCCUUCAGAAGCCCUGAGGAACUUCAACCGCGCGCUGGAUCUCAACCCACGUCACAAACUCGCCCUUUUCAACUCGGCGCUGCUCAUGCAGGAAUCUGGUGAGGUAAAGCUCCGCCCCGAAGCGAACCGCCGCUUCCUGAGCUACGUCCAGGAGGAACCCAACGACGCCAACGGCUACUUCAACCUGGGCAUGCUGGCCAUGGACGCCGAGGAAAACGAAGCGGCAGAACGCUGGAUGCGCAAAGCCAUCGCGCUGCAGCCUGGAUUCCGCAGCGCCCUCUUCAACCUGGCACUCCUCCUGGCGCAGGGCAAGCGCGAGCGCGACGCGCUGUCCGUCCUGGACGAGCUCCUGCGCCACCACCCCGAGCACUCCAAGGGCCUCAUAUUAAAAGGCGACAUUCUCAUGAACCAGCUGAAGGACACGCAGGGCGCGCGGGAAGCCUUCGAGCGCAUCCUGCGGUCCGACCCGGGGAACGUCCAGGCCAAGCACAACCUGUGCGUGGUGUACUUCGAGGAGCGGCAGCUGGCGCGAGCCGAGCAGUGUCUCCAGGAGACGCUGGCCAUGGCGCCGCACGAGGAGUACAUACAGCGCCACCUCUCUAUCGUCCGAGCCAAGAUGGCCGCCAUGAGUGCCGCGGGGAAACCGCUGGCACCGGCAGAGGGCGCCGAGGCCUCUGUGAAGCAGCAGAAGAAGAGAGCGCAGAGGGAGGAUGAAGAAGACGACGAGGACGAGUCCGGGGGAGAGAAGAAUUUGUGGAAAUCCUCCGACACCCGGGAGGCGAAGGUGGACGCCGGCCAAGCCGACAAGCGGACUAAGAGCAAAUCCACGCAGGAGAUUAAAGACAUAGAAAAGAAAAGGGAGGCGGCGUUGAAGAGACUGGAGGAGAUCGAGCGCAUUUUAAGCAGCGAUUAACCUUGUUUUUUUUUUUUUGUUUUUUUUUUAACUGCCUCCGGACUACUUUUAUAGAUCUGUCUGAAGCUGGAAAGGGAUCUGUGAGGUUUCCAAAACAAGAGUUUGUUUGCGGACAUGUGUGUAUGUGUGUCUGUGUGUGUGUGUUUGGGAUUGGCGUUCUGCUGUGAGGGAGUCAUGUGACUUUUGAAUUGAAAUCAGGCGAGCAAUCCUGACAAGUGAAAAGCACAAAAUUCGGUACGUUUUUUUUUUUUUUAACGACUAUAAUGCCUAAGUGCUAUCUACAGGUGUAUAUAAAUAUGUGUAUUUUUUUAAAUUGGGAAAGUAUUUUAUUGGGAUGUUUUUUGUUUGUUUGUUUUUGAAUCACUGGAUCAGUUGGUAAGAAGCUUACAGUGGGUGACGGUGCGGUGUGGACCUUUCCGCAGCUAAUUACGCGCGCUAAUCGUGAAACGGCAGACAAUUUAAGGAAGUGACGACGUGCACGCUCGCCGCCUGCUUCCUUUCCAGUGCCGCCCUUUUUCCUCCCCUGCGCCCCCGCUGUUCCUGUCCUCCGCUCCCCUCACGCUGUGAUGUCCAGGCUUUAUUCUCAUCGCUCUGACCUCACCGUGUUUCGGGAGGGGUGUCGAUGUCCUGGUUUAAUCAGGGUCGCCUCCGACAACUCGAACUCGACCCACGUUUAGCUGCUUUUGUGUCGUGACCCGGAUUUCAUCUUUCUUUCCAGUUACUGUUUAACGUAUUGAUUUUUUUUUUUCUUAUCAUGUACUGUACUCUCUUGAGUCACACCUUGCACACACACACUCUCACACACACAUUCACUCAUUCAUUCACACUACAGCAGCAGAGAGUGCGUUUGAAGCGACGGCUCUGCUAUCUGACAGUCCGACAUCAAAGCAGCGCCCCGCUCUGACGCUCAUCAUCCCUUCAGAUUGUUUAGCUUGGAUUUGGUUUCUAGCUUUGGGCAAAUUGCUAUGUGACUGCUGUAAAAUGCACUUGAGAAUGAUUGAUUUACCCACGAGCCACUAACACUUAAUACUAAUUAUCUCCCUCCCUCUCUCUCUUUCUCUCUCUCGCUCGCUGCGUGCCUCUAAGUGCAUUAUGGGCCUGCGGUUUUAUACAUACAUAAGCUGCUUAUAAACACUACAGAUAAUAAAGCCACUUGAAGCAGAUGACCUUUCAUCCCUCGCCUUUGUUGUGUGUAUAUCAAUUAGACAUCACUGCUAAAAGAAUUUGUUUUUGUUUUUUUUUGGGGGGGGGGCUCUGUCCAUAAUCAUUGCUACUGUGCGAUGUUAAUAUACAGUAUAUUAAUAUAUGUAUUAUAUAAAAUGCUUUUAAGAACCACAGCCUGUAUUAUUUAUGAGCAUUGCCCACUUUAAUGGACACACAGUAUAACCCAGUAAUGUGAUUAAACUAGAGGUGUUGG